UUUAUCGGUAACGCUUUAGACACAAAAAAGGCCAACUAUAGAACAAAGUAGCAGGUUGAUCUUUGAGAUACCGAUAAUGAGUGACAUUUUAUCGGCGCUUACUAGCCCUGGGUUAACCCAAGCCCUUUACGCCGGAAAUGCACUAUGGUUUAGUAGUGCCGUCAUUCACUUCGGCUUUCGCCAAGCCCACGUAAUGCGAAGGAUUUCGCACCGCAAAACUUUCAAAGACCCAGCAAUCCGCUCUUCACCAUCUGGUGAUAAGUGGCACCACGACAUCAUGGCCUACCUAGGUGGAAUGAACUCCCCGCUUGUUCUUCUCUCGAUUCUUCGACUGUAUUCACUACUACGCCCUUCGCGAUACCUUUCUUCGAAGACGAGCGCAGGUGAUGUUCCGCUCGACAUUACAGCAUUGACAGUCCUCGGACUCGCGAACUUCUCUCAGGCGAUUCUGAAUUUCACGCUGAGCCGAAAGAAUGAUAGAUGGAUCAUGGGCAAGGGGCUUGAUCGUAUCACGGUUCUAGACGCAGUUUUUACAGUGCUGGACUGGAGCUUUGCACUGGCUAGGGUAGUUACUAACUGAAUCAGUCUGGAGUAGGUACGCACAUUUACAAGUACAGCCAACGGUAUAACGAGGAUAAUGAUAAUUUGGUUUACUUGAAGAAA